AUGGUGGUCCGAUACAGCCAACUCCAGAAACAAGUCCUCAGCUUAUACAAAAAUUUUAUGGUAGCGCUUGGACCAAAGAGCACAGCAAAAAUUGCACCAGAAGCUAGACCUGCACUGCGUGAAGCGGUACGUACGGAGUUUAGGAAGAACGUAGCUUCUCUCAAGAAGACCGACCUCUUCCGUAUAGAGGCCCUUGUCCGCCAAGGACAACGUCGGUUAGAGGACAUUCAGGAAGGUCGUAUCUCAAGCAUCUCCACUGUUACUCCCAAGUACAAAGACAGUCAGUAG